AUACUCUUUCAAGGGCAAAAUACAUCUGGCAGAAGUGGAGGAUCUGGCAGCGCUAAAGGCUCCAAUUCGAGGUGCGUGCUUAUUGGAACUUAUUAUCCUGCAUCGCGUUACGCUUACGGGAGUCAUUUUCUUCGGUUUCUUGAUAAUGAACCACUUCAUAUUGGGUCCUAUUAAUUUGAAUGGGCGUGGCCUUCUUUUCAAUUUGCGUUGACCUUCAGGCCAUUUGAUCAGCUGAGAGGGAUGCUUAUGAAGGGCUGGUGUUUCCAGUUUAGCGGGUCCAGAGCAUCUAGCAUAUGUAUGGCAACUUUUUCAUAACGUUGCAGAUCACUUUAUCCUACCCUCGUUUUUGCGCGUCGAGAACGCAAUUAGUUUUUUUUUGGCGAGUGGCAACAUGCAGCUCACGUUCUUUAACAUGUCACUUUGAGAGGGAGCUUGAUAUGCCAGUACUUCAUCAGGUCCAGUUCGUUGUGCAGCCACGAUGUAGCAGUUUCAUACCAUUGGGUCGGAUCCAUGUAUAUGUGGCACUGCGCGUGGAUACUGCUGGUCGCCAAAUUGAACGUCUGCAGGAAUGGACGCGUGAGGGAAGCUGGCGCCGCAGCUGCGCAACCUCCCGGUCACGGUUUGCUUGCGCAUGCUUGCGCGCUGCCCUCUGUAUGUUCGCCUCACCCAAUGGUGCGAUAAGUAUGUCCGUCUUAGUACGCUUGUUGCCUGAUCAGCACUUGUGCGUUGUUAUCUGGCCACGUCCAGUUUACGCAUGCAAGCAUCGGUACGGAUGGGAACCAAGGGGAAGAGAAUACCCACCAACGCAACGUUGACCCAAAUAAUCCAUGUGUACAAUAUAUAAUACAUGCAUAGCCAGCGGGCAUUCAAAUCGGGAACAGAGACACGAACACCCGGAAUUGAAGGAAUGGAG